AUGACCAUGGUGGAUGUAAUCCAAAACACACCUAAAGAAAAAAUUAUAGAAAUAUUUAAUGAAGAAGUGGAUGCAGUAAAAUCAUUUAAUUUUUGUUUGGAAAACUUCUUGUGUGUUCUUAACACACAUUUGGCAGAUGAAGAGAGUAAUAGUGGCAGUGAUGUUGAUAUUGAAAUAUUACAAAUUUAUCAUGAUGAUGAUGAUGGUGUUAUUAUACCUAAUGAUAAUGAUAAUAAUGAUGUUGGUGGUUCAGAAGAGGAAAGCAUUUAA